AAAAGCAUCACAGGUCUGUUUGCUUUGACAUCACAACAUCUAAACAGAGAAGUGGUUCACUGGGUCUGUUUCUGCUGGAAUCACACAUUGAUUUUUACUUUGUGGUCUCUCCUCUGUAGCAGUCUGCUCAUUUGUUUUGUGACGGUCCAAUCUGUGAACAUCAUGACAGCCAUCAUGUUACUGAGUCUCCUCUUUAUUCCAAGAGCUUUGGCUGCUUGUCCUCCAUAUGCAUACUUGUUCAUUACUGCACCAACAGAGAUGGAAGCUCUGAGUGGAUCUUGUUUACGAAUCCCAUGUAACUUUAAUGUUACUGGACCAGAACCAUUUGACAGCACAAGACCUGUCUUUGGAUCAUGGAUCAAAAAUGAUCCCAGUAUUAAAAAUGUGAUCUUCAACAGCAGUGGGACAGUUCACAUCUAUCCAAUGAAUAUUACAGGAAACCUGAAACAGAAAAACUGCACAACUCUGUUUUCAAAUUUAACCACAACUUAUACAAACACAUACUACUUCAGGAUUAUGAACUGGCCCGUCAGGGGAACUGCUGUUUGUGAUCCUCUUACAAUAACAGUUAAAGAUUCUCCUUGGAGGCCCAAGAUUACAGUCUCAGGUGAUCUGAAGGAGAAGGAGUCUGUCACUAUAACCUGCUCAGCUUUCACUCCCUGUCCACACUCCCCUCCUGAACUCACCUGGAAUCUCCAACAAGACUCUCACAACAAAAUAGAGGAAAACACAGAUGGAAGCUUUACAACUAAAAUCCAGCAGACCAUCACUCUGUCAGACACACAUGAUGGAAAGAAGAUCAACUGCUCUGCCAGAUAUCCUGUGAACCAAGGAGAAGAAACCAAGACAGAAGAGACUCUCAGUGUUACAUAUGCUCCUAAAAGCACCUCAGCAUCCAUCAGUCCAUCAGGUUUGGUGUCAGCAGGCAGCUGGGUGAACCUGACCUGCUCCAGCAGAGCCAAACCUCCAGUCAGCAGCUUCACCUGGUUCAAGAAGAGCACAGAUGGACCUGUGAGAGUAUCUGAAGGACAGAUUUACAGCUUCAAUGUAACAGAUGGAGGAGUUUAUUACUGUGUGGCCACUAAUGAUCUGGGUAAUCAGACAUCAGCAGAGAUUCAUGUGAAUAUUGAAGGUGAACAGGCAGAAAUAUUAUUUGGUGUCCUCGCUAUACUGAAGACUGUGGGAAUCAUAAUGCUUGUGAGCACACUGGUCAUCUUUGAGUGCUGGUUCAGAUCAAAACGCUCCAACAAACCAGAGACAGAAAGCUGUCAGAUGAGCAGAGUUACAUCACAGCCCAACAACUAAAGUGUCUGCAAGUCCAGGAGGACAAACUGCCUCAAAAUAUCACUUCAUUCACUUGAUGGUGUUAAUGAGAUGAUGCUCAGUGUGAUGGUCGUCCUCCUGUGAGGUUCCUCCAUCUCCACAAAGAAACUCUGGGUCUCAUUCAGUGUCCUCUGUGUUCUUGGUUUCUUGAGCUCUUCUGUCCCAGAGUCCAGUCAAGUUAUCAACUCCAACAGUAGAAAAUUGUAGUUUCUUUCUUUUAAU